UGUGCAUAUAAUAAGCACCAAUCCGCAGCCGCCCACUACAAACCCCCCCGUGACGCGGAUUAGCUAAGAUUUCCGCUCAACGGUAAAGCAAAACACCAGGGGAAGGUAGCCACCCGCACGCCCCAUGAAGCUGUUCGCCUUCGUGAGGCGCGCGCGCCGGUCGCCGCCGUCGACUGCGCCGGCCGCGGCGCCCGAGGACGCCACGGCCGCUGCACCCGCGGAGAAGCGGCGGCGGCGGAAGCCGUCAUCGUCGUCAGGUUCGGCGUCGUGGAAGCCGACGCUGGGCGCCAUCUCCGAAGACGCCGCGCUGACUGCGGCGUCGGCGGCGACGAAGGCGCAGGCGAAGCCGGCCCUCGCGGCGAAGGCCAAGGCGAGGUCGCCCCGUCGCGCCACUCGGGCGGCGAGCUACGAUGAGUUCCGGAACUACGGGCCGCCGACGGUGCUGCCGGCGUUCACGCCGACGGCGUUCCUGUUCUGAGCUCCGGCGAGCCGGGGACCGUGCGACGGCGCGGGACUGGCCGACGGUGGAGGUAGCUCGUGUCUGCGUCUCCGUGUCGUCGUGGCUUGACGGCGGCUGCUCUGCUUUGUGCUCCCAACCUGACGCUCGCAAAGCUGGUGCCACUAGGGUUGUGCUUGUGCCUUUCGGUUCCUAGGAUGUGCAUACAACUCCGCUGUUUCAGAUUACUUCCCACUUGGGUUAUGCUUGUACGUGCCUUUCCGUUCCCCCGUUGCCUUUCGGGAUUCAUCUCGGUGUGCUCUAGCGAUCAGCAGCAAAAUCUGCUCGGUAGCCGUUUACUGAAAUCCACUGGACUGAGUGCCCCAA